AUUGGCAUCUUAGGUUUGUUUGUUUAAAGUUUUCAAUUAUUAGAAGAAACUGCGUAUUACGGUCGCUUACAAGGCAAAAUCAUUCAAUAUCGCAUUGCUCAAUAUUCACGUAAAGAAUUACAUCAAAAUAUGGAUGAAGUGAAACUUAAAGAAUAUGUUGAUGCUGCUUUACGCAAAGCUGUCAAGUUGUGGGAGGAUGUAAUUGAUGUUAAAUUCAUUGAAUGGCCUCAUACAAAAGCAAAUAUUGAAGUAAUAUUCGCAACAUUUUAUCAUGGUGAUAAAUAUCCAUUUGACGGAAAAGGAAAUGAAUUAGCGCAUACGUUUUACCCGAACGAUCUUAUAUGGCAUGGACAAAUUCACAUUGACGAUAGCGAACCAUGGGGUCCAAGUGGCAGAAACUUGAAUUGGGUGAUGGCACAUGAACUAGGUCAUGUAUUAGGCCUUGAGCACAGUCAUGAUGAAUCGUUGAUGACAUCGCAUUAUCAAGGUUUCGAAGGAACGGUACCAAAACUGCAUUAUUGCGAUAUUGCUCUGAUACAGUCAUUGUAUGGUUCGUUAUUUGCUCCCGGCCACGACAAAAAAUAUAAUAGCAUUUGGGAAUAA